UUUGUGUUUCAAAACAAAAUCUUACCCACAAUCUAUGAUUGCACAUUAUUAUAGACGUACAUAGUGCUACAGAGUAUAUCAAACUUACAACAUCCCCCAAAUAGAAUAAAUACCAUUCAAAAGAUUUUCCAAAUGCUAUAACUGGACAGAACGGUUACUUUUCAUGUUGGCUUUAUGGCAAUGCAAAAGAAAGUGCUAGGAACGAAGUUUCACUUGUGUGCCAAACUUAUCAUCUUGUGUCGAAGGCUUUGCUAUCAGAGUCAAAACAAUUUAGCUAAAUCACGCCAUCAGUACGAGUCAGUUCUGCAAGUUAUUGAUGACUAUGAGACGAAAUUGAAUUGGGAUGGCCUCACUUUCACGCCAGACUAUUUUAAAGCCAAAAAGAAGGAUUGCCUCGGCCUUGCAGCCAAAUCUAUUCUGAGACAAGCUCCUGAACUUCGAAAGAAAGAAGAGAUCGAAAAGCUUCUAAUAGCUCUACGAAACAUUCCUGCUUUUGCUGAAUAUCCAAUUAAGAUGCAAAACGAUGUGUGUAAAGUUGGCCUCUAUCUAGAAUACGAAGAAAAACGAGUUAUUAUCCGUGAGGGUCACAGAGCACAUUAUUUCUAUAUCAUUCUCUCUGGUACAGUUGUUGUGACUGUGUUUGACGAAAGUACUGGCAGUAGCAGCACCCUCGUGACACUUGAAAGGGGAAUGUCUUUCGGUGAACUUGGACUUAUAACCCAUUCCAAGAGACAGGCCAGUGUUGUUUGUAAGACUGGUGUGGAGGUACUUAGUAUAACCUACUCAGAAUAUCAAAAAAUCUUUAUGUCAGGGGGGAUUGUGAAGCUAGACAAUGACGAGCACUUUGAGUUUCUCAGGAGUCUGCAGUUCCUAAGACAUUGGCCAGUAGAGAAACUCAAAGAGAAUCCAACAGCCAGUUGUAUUUACUACUUCCAUCGUAAUACUGUGCUCGUUCGUGACAGCAACAACUCGGACUGGAUCUAUGUUGUACUUAAGGGGAGCUUAUCUGUGUUAAAGAAAUUGAAAAAUUUCACCAAUAAAUCAGAAAAAGAUCAAAGAACUCCUAGGACUAAAGGUGAUCAAGACGUCCAGAUCGAUGAGAAAUUGGCAGCUAAAUACACAGAGAAUAGUUUCGCUGAACGGAAAAGAAGACCUGGUCAGUGGAAACUUCAAUCACUGGACCUGCCAGUUGUACCUGAGGAACAAUUUAAAUCUCCGGUAGAAUUGGAAUCAAAAUUGAGCCAGACUCUACCUGGAUAUGUGAAUUAUAAAGACAGAUUAUUGUCACUGGAUUACGAGAAGAUAAUCAAAAGUUACCAGUCAAGACUAUUAACCAAAGGGACACAACAAGCAAAUUUUUGGAAGCAAGAUUCAGCAAAAAAGUGGCUCAAACAGAAGAAAAACAAUUUAUCAAAGUUACCUCAAAAACAUGCAAACGUCUCAGAAAGUGAUAAAAUAAGAACUUCAGGGCUUGAGAGAGUUACUUUUCCAGACAUUGAGGUAACUAAUAAAGUCGUGAAGUACCAGAAGACAGAAAGUAAUGAUGAUAGGUACAUUGAUACUGGCACGGAUUGUUUAGAGACAAAUAAACAAGAAACUCAAAAUGUAGAUAACAAUGAACUGGUGGAGAACACAUUGACUGAUAAUGAACAAGAAAACAAGAAAAUGAAAAAGAUUGGCAUAAUGAAAAGUUUAAAGGGAGCCUAUCUAGCACCAAGCAGGGACAGCAGGCCUGAAGCUAAAGAAGAAGAGACCUUUACCAGUGAUGAGGCGUUGCCAGACAUCAUCAGUGAUGAAAAAGAGCCAGAAAAAGAGCUAACUUUAAGCCAGAAAUUAGCCAACCUUCAAAUGAGGUACCAGCUGGCUGCAAUUGGACGGGAAGGCCGAAGAACGAUAGCUGAAGAAUUAGACCAAAAAGGCCGACGGGAUUACAAAGUCACUGAAGCUGACCUUGACCCAAUGUUCAUACAAUUGCAAGUUUUAGAACGGGGACAAUACUUCGGAGUUGUCCAGCUGGUCUUUCAAGAUGAACCAAGUCUCUCUGUGGUCAGCAACGGUGCAGAGUGCCUGGUCAUAUCCAAAAAACUUUUCAGAACCUGGGCGUCUGAAAAAUGCUGGAGACAUUUGAGGCAGACGGAAUGUCCAUAUCCAACUGAUGAGGAGCUAAAGAGAAAGCUUGUGGACGUCCUCCAGUGGCAGAGGACCAGCUCCUCCAUCUAUAAUGAAAUACAAGCCGGGGUGCUCCUUAAAAAAUCUAGGCAGAAGCAUCUCCUCCCUGACUACCUUGGACAGAAAUGAUUUAGAACGAAAAUUGCCGCUUGGUUUUUCUUCACUUUCAUGCCAUCAGCCGGCUAAACAAUACAUCACGCCGGCAACACUUUCGUCCAGCAUUGAUCUACUUUGUAAAGAUAGAAGUUGGAUUGUAAAGUUCUCUUCCAUUUCAGAACAUUGUCACCAGAUUGAAGUAAAUGGAUGAUGCAAAAUUAUGUCUGUCUUUUUUUUUUUUUAUGACGAUGGUGUUGUGACUUUACAUAAUGAUCUAGUUCUAGUUUCUUUUCUGAAGAAAUUAAAUUCUUUAUAGUACGCUC